CGUCCCCUUUCUCCUCAAAUCGCACUUUGCCUAAAACUGUUUUCGGGAGAGUCACUCUUACUUCUUGUUCUUUCCGUUCGUCUAUUUCUCUAUUUCUCUUCGAAAUCAUGGGUUUUGCGUCCAGAGCUCUUUGUCUGUCCCUUGUUAUGGUCACUUGCCUCCAGCUCCAGAAUGCACAAACGGUCUCCGACAGAUGCUUGUGUCCGAUCACUACAGCUAGGUUUUACUCCUGGAACGACAUCAAGGAGUUCUCCGUCACUAAACCUAAGAGCCACUGCAACGCCAUCGAGCUCAUAUUGACAUUGAAGAAGGCAGAGACGGAAGAGAACAUUCAACGCUGCCUGGACACUAAAACUAAACAGGCCAAGUUGCUUAAGAUAUGCUGGAACAGGAAAAAUAAAGAUGGCAGCAAAGAAACUGUCAAGCUUUCCGAGUGUGGAUUUUCCAAAUGCACUGAAAGAAAGUGAAAGCAGCCUACAUGUAUAUAACUCUGGGUUGGAGGGAAAAGAAGACUGGAAAUUUCAGGAAUGUCAUGGGUGGGAAUUUCUGUGUCAUGUGCCCCAACAAGAGCCAAUGGGAAAGCUGUUGUCUUGGCUUCUGGUCCCACCUCCUACAGGCCAUGGCAGGACAGAUCCUGGGAGGGGAAGCUUCCAGAAACUGUCAGAAAACAGAUACUGUCCAGAAAGAUUCAUGGCUGUUCAGUGUCCCUACAGUGAAGCUGUAUCAGAGCACUUCUGAAUGUCUCAUCUUAUACAAGAAGGGCACCUUAUGUUCUUAAAGCCAGUAUUUAAACAAACACUUUAUUUAUUUUGAUGAAUACACUACUUUUAAUAAAUUUUUAUAUUUUACCAAAUACAAA